AUGAAAACAAUUUUGAAGAAAUGUCUCAAAAUUGUAGGGUUUUUUAAGCGAAGUGAGGUAGGGAAUAGGGUAUUAAUCGACAAACAAAAACAGCUGGGUAUUACUCAAAUAUUAAAAGUGAAACAAGAUGUCCGCACACGCUGGAAUAGCACCUUGUUCAUGUUGGAAAGACUUGUUAAACUCAAAGAACCUCUGACAAUUGCCAUUAUUUCUUUAAUCGAAGCUCCAGUUAACCUGGACCAUGAUGAAUGGAAGGUUGUUGAAGAUAUAAUACCCUAG